GCCGACAAAAAGCGGGACACAGGGUUGUCGUAACAAUCCUUGAGUCCCUUGUCAGUGGCAGCUCUAGAGUAACCAAGAGGUUCGACCUCACAGGCGCUUCUUCUCUCAAUGCUGGACCAGCCCGGGGGGGGGGGACUGUCAGCGAGCGCAGGAGUGUGUGCGCGCGCGUGCGCGCAGGGUGUGGCGCGACGAGAAGGUGGGAACGUUCACAGCUGCGGACCCGCUUGCCUAAUUUCCCUGAUAGGAAGGGAGUGGUGGUUCCCUCUGCUACCUCGGUGAACCGAGGAGAAGCACCUGGAAAGCUCAACUUAUUAUUUGCUCCCUUUCUCCGCCAAGAAGAUGGGGAAGAAGUGGAGGAGUCCUAGUGAGGCGGAGAAAGGCGGUUGUACGAACCAGGAAGAACUUGGCAGGCGAAGGAGCAGGAGCGCUAGUCGCGGGAGGUUUGCGGAGUCUUGGAAGAGGUUAAGUUCCAGACAAGGCUCUACCAAACACUCCGGACUCCAGUCGCAGCAGCCUCCGGCUCAGAAGUCAUGGAUCGAAAGAGCAUUUUACAAAAGGGAAUGUGUUCACAUCAUACCCAGCACCAAAGACCCCCAUAGGUGUUGCUGUGGACGCCUAAUAGGUCAACAUGUGGGACUUACUCCAAGCAUCUCCAUUAUUCAGAAUGAGAAAAAUGAAAGCCGGCUUGCUCGAAAUGACAUCCAGUCAGAGAAGUGGUCAAUUAGCAAGCAUACUCAGCUCAGUCCCACUGAUGCUUUUGGAACCAUUGAGUUCCAAGGAGGAGGUCACUCGAAUAAAGCCAUGUAUGUGCGUGUGUCUUUUGACACAAAGCCUGAUCUUCUUCUGCACUUGAUGACCAAGGAAUGGCAGCUUGAACUACCCAAACUUCUCAUCUCUGUGCAUGGAGGGCUCCAGAAUUUUGAACUUCAGCCAAAGCUCAAACAAGUCUUUGGAAAAGGCCUCAUUAAAGCUGCCAUGACAACUGGAGCAUGGAUAUUUACUGGAGGAGUAAACACAGGAGUCAUUCGGCAUGUUGGUGAUGCACUGAAAGACCAUGCAUCAAAAUCAAGAGGAAAGAUCUGCACUAUUGGAAUAGCUCCCUGGGGAAUUGUAGAAAACCAAGAGGAUCUGAUUGGCAAGGAUGUGGUCCGGCCAUACCAGACAAUGUCCAAUCCAAUGAGUAAGCUGACAGUACUCAACAGUAUGCAUUCUCAUUUUAUUCUGGCUGACAAUGGGACCACAGGAAAAUAUGGUGCAGAAGUGAAACUUCGCAGACAGUUGGAAAAGCACAUCUCACUUCAGAAGAUAAAUACAAGGAUUGGGCAAGGGGUCCCAGUGGUGGCUCUCAUUGUGGAAGGAGGACCCAAUGUAAUCUCUAUCGUCCUGGAAUAUCUACGUGACACUCCCCCUGUUCCCGUUGUAGUGUGUGAUGGCAGUGGCCGGGCAUCUGACAUCCUUGCUUUUGGUCACAAGUAUUCAGAAGAAGGAGGACUCAUCAAUGAAUCUCUAAGGGACCAAUUGCUUGUUACCAUUCAGAAGACCUUCACUUAUACUCGGACUCAGGCCCAGCAUCUAUUCAUAAUCCUAAUGGAAUGUAUGAAGAAGAAGGAACUGAUUACAGUGUUUCGCAUGGGAUCAGAAGGACACCAAGAUAUUGACUUGGCCAUCUUGACAGCUUUGUUAAAAGGAGCAAACGCAUCUGCUCCAGAUCAACUGAGUCUAGCAUUAGCCUGGAACAGAGUAGACAUCGCUCGCAGUCAGAUUUUUAUCUAUGGGCAACAGUGGCCGGUGGGAUCCCUCGAACAAGCAAUGUUGGAUGCCCUUGUACUGGACAGAGUCGAUUUUGUGAAAUUGCUCAUAGAGAAUGGAGUAAGCAUGCACCGUUUUCUCACCAUCUCCAGACUAGAGGAAUUAUACAAUACGAGACAUGGACCAUCCAAUACUUUGUAUCACCUUGUGAGAGAUGUCAAAAAGCGUGAAUAUCCAGGUUUCGGUUGGAUCUAUUUUAAGGGUAAUCUACCUCCAGAUUAUAGGAUAAGUCUAAUUGAUAUUGGCCUGGUGAUUGAGUACCUGAUGGGAGGAGCUUAUCGCUGUAAUUAUACUCGAAAACGCUUCCGAACCCUCUAUCACAACUUAUUUGGCCCUAAGAGACCCAAAGCACUGAAACUUCUGGGAAUGGAGGAUGAUGUCCCAUUGCGGAGGGGAAGAAAAACAACCAAGAAGCGAGAGGAGGAAGUGGAUAUUGACCUUGAUGAUCCUGAGAUAAACCAUUUCCCUUUUCCCUUUCAUGAGUUGAUGGUGUGGGCUGUGCUAAUGAAGCGCCAGAAGAUGGCCCUCUUCUUCUGGCAACAUGGAGAGGAAGCCAUGGCUAAGGCUUUAGUGGCCUGUAAGCUCUGCAAAGCCAUGGCCCACGAAGCCUCUGAGAAUGACAUGGUGGAUGACAUAUCUCAGGAGUUAAAUCAUAACUCGAGGGAUUUUGGUCAGCUGGCAGUGGAGCUGCUGGACCAAUCUUACAAGCAGGAUGAGCAGCUGGCAAUGAAACUGCUUACCUACGAGCUGAAGAACUGGAGCAACGCCACUUGCCUGCAACUCGCAGUGGCAGCCAAGCAUCGAGAUUUCAUUGCUCACACUUGUAGCCAAAUGCUGCUCACAGACAUGUGGAUGGGCAGACUCCGGAUGCGUAAAAAUUCAAGUUUAAAGGUAAUUCUAGGAAUUCUACUUCCUCCUUCAAUUCUCAGCUUGGAGUUCAAGAAUAAAGAUGACAUGCCUUACAUGUCUCAGGCUCAAGAGAUCCAUCUUCAAGAGAAAGAGCCAGAGGAACCAGAAAAACCAGUAAAAGAAAAAGAAGAGGAGGACAUGGAACUCACAGCAAUGCUGGGACGUGGCAAUGGAGAGUCUUCACGAAAGAAGGAGGAAGAGGAAGUUCAGAGUAGACACAGAUUGAUCCCCUUUGGACGCAAGAUCUAUGAGUUCUACAAUGCACCAAUAGUUAAAUUUUGGUUCUACACUAUGGCAUACAUUGGGUACCUGAUGCUGUUUAAUUAUAUUGUGUUGGUGAAGAUGGAUCGUUGGCCUUCCAUGCAGGAAUGGAUCGUUAUUUCGUAUAUUUUCACAAUGGGAAUAGAGAAGAUGAGAGAGAUAUUAAUGUCAGAACCUGGGAAGUUGCUGCAGAAAGUGAAAGUGUGGCUCCAAGAAUAUUGGAACGUUACUGAUCUCAUUGCUAUUCUCCUAUUCUCUGUGGGCAUGGUACUUCGCCUCCAAGAUCUGCCACUCAGAAGUGAUGGUCGUGUCAUAUAUUGUGUCAACAUCAUUUACUGGUAUAUCCGAUUGCUAGACAUCUUCGGGGUGAACAAGUAUUUGGGGCCAUAUGUAAUGAUGAUUGGGAAAAUGAUGAUAGACAUGAUGUAUUUUGUCAUUAUUAUGUUGGUAGUUCUGAUGAGUUUUGGUGUUGCAAGACAGGCAAUACUUUUUCCCAAUGAAGAGCCUUCAUGGAAACUGGCGAAGAAUAUUUUUUAUAUGCCAUAUUGGAUGAUCUAUGGGGAAGUGUUUGCAGACCAGAUAGACCCUCCUUGUGGUCAAAAUGAAACCAGAGAGGAUGGUAAAAUAAUCCAGCUGCCUCCCUGCAAAACAGGAGCAUGGAUCGUUCCUGCCAUAAUGGCUUGCUACCUCUUGGUUGCAAACAUCCUUCUGGUGAACCUGCUCAUUGCUGUUUUUAACAACACAUUUUUUGAAGUUAAAUCUAUAUCUAACCAAGUAUGGAAGUUUCAGAGGUAUCAGCUUAUUAUGACAUUCCAUGAAAGACCAGUCUUGCCCCCUCCACUAACCAUCUUCAGUCACAUGACUAUGAUAUUUCAACACAUAUGCUGUAGAUGGCGGAAACAUGAUAGCGAUCCGGAUGAAACAGACUACGGACUGAAGCUUUUUAUAACAGAUGACGAACUGAAGAAAGUUCAUGAUUUUGAAGAACAAUGUAUAGAAGAAUAUUUCAGAGAGAAAGAUGAUAGAUUCAAUUCUUCCAAUGAUGAAAGAAUCAGAGUUACCUCUGAAAGGGUGGAGAAUAUGGCCAUGCGAUUAGAAGAAGUGAAUGAACGAGAGCAUUGCAUGAAGGCUUCACUUCAAACUGUAGACAUCCGGCUUGCUCAACUGGAAGAUAUGAUAGGACGAAUGGCUACAGCGUUAGAUAAGCUCACUGGCCUAGACAGAGGAGAGGCUGCUAAGAUACAAUCUCGAACAUCCUCUGACUGUACUGACGCAGCCUACAUUGUCAGACAGAGCAGCUUCAACAGCCAGGAAGGGAACACUUAUAAACUUCAAGAGAGUAUUGAUCCCGCAGGGGAGGAGUCAAUGUCACCAACUUCUCCAACUGUAAUGCCCCGCUUGCGAAGUCAUUCCUUUUAUGCAGUGAACAUGAAAGACAAGUGUGGUUUGGAGAGAUUUGAAAGCAUUUUCAAAGAAAGGUCUCUUAGCCUCCAUCGUGCUAGCAGCUCUCAUUCUGUCUCCAAAGAACAAAAAGUACCUUUAGUGCCUACAAGCACUCUAUCAAUCGCUCCAGACUCCAGAAGGCCUUCUUCUUGCAUAGACAUUUAUGUCUCUGCCAUGGAUGAGCUGCAGUCUGGAAUAGAACCCCUUGACAGUUCAAUGAACAUCCUCGGGACUGGAGACCCAGCUCUCCAAGCUAAGAUAGCUUCCAGUGUUCUCUCAAGUAGUGCUUAUGUCAGCGGUACUCCUGGUGACAGAAUGUCUGGCAGGAGUCUUGAUAAUGAAGACCCAUCAAUGGAAACAAGAGUGUUUUCUUCAGACUAUUCACAAAUUACAGACGGCCCAAACCCCUGGGAAUCUGAUCCUCCCACGUACCAUACCUUGGAGCGAUCUAAAAGCAGUCGAUACCUGGCUACAACACCAUUUAUUUUGGAGGAAGCACCUAUAGUAAAAUCUCAUAGUUUCAUGUUCUCUCCUUCACGGAACUAUUUCAGCAGCCUUGGAGUACCAGUCAAAACAGCAGAGUACACAAGCAUUACGGACUGCAUAGACACCAGGUGUGUCAAUGCUCCUCAAACCAUUGUGGAAAGGUCCAGCUUCCCUGGAAUCCAUGGAGACAAAAUGGAUGAUUUAGGAUGUUGCCACCCAGAGAGGGAAGCAGAACUAAGUCACCCAAGCUCUGAUAAUGAGGAUACUGAAGCCAAAGACAAAAAAGCGGUUUCCCUGUCAUCUCAAGAUAGCAAUACAUCUAGAACAUUGUCUAACAAUAUCCCUCUUCCAAAAAUAGAGCGGGCCAACAGUUAUUCUGCAGAUGAAUCCAACUUCUUGUAUGCACAUACACGGAAAAGCUACUCCAUCAGUGAUAAACUUGACAGGCAGCGCAAUGCGACGAGCCUCCGAAGUACAUUCCAGAGGAGUAAGUCAUCCAAACCAGAGAACAGAGGGGACACCUUAUCAAUGAGAAGACUCUCUAGAACAGGUGCCUUCCAUAGCUUUGAGAGCAAGCACAGUUAGAGAUAAUAUGUGCAUCUUUACAAGAAGAAUUGUCUGAAACUUGUCUGCUCUCCUUUUUUUUUCUUUAGCAGAAUAAAGUAACCUCAGACCAUUAUAUGUCAGCAACAGCUGGCAUUUGCCAACAGUCAAGUUAGCACUUUCAUAAACUCAGAGUUAAGCACUGAGGUUCUGUAUCUUGAUUGACCCAGUUGGCAUUUGCACUUGGUGGGGGUGGGAGGAAAAAUUAGAGAGACACUAUUUUUUUAAAAAAAUACCUUCAUGACAUCAUGCAUAAAUGGGUGAACAGUUUAAGAAAUCUGACUUUCAAAAUAGGGAUGUAUUGAAAGAGGAACAAAGUAACAUUCAUACAAAGAGGGUAUGUUGAUUCUGUUGACUUUCAUAUCAGUACUAUCUUUGUGAUGGCUGAUGAGGGCAUCUUUGUAUUACUCUAUAGAAACUGAAAACAAAUCAGCCCUUAACUUUUCCCCAGAUUUCUCACACCCCUUUACUUCUGCCUAUCUUGUAAAGAGAAAUUAGCUAACACCCUCACAGUUCACCUAUCUCUUUUUUUGUAUUAACUUGUAGUGCCACAAAUGUUUCUAUUUUCAAGAAGGGAAGAAAAAAGAUGCCUUUUGUAUAGCAGCAUGAGGGAAAGGGGAAGAAUUUAUGUAACAAAUAGUCACAUGGCUUCCUGUAUUAAAUGGGAUUUUUAGCAUAAUUGAGCAAGCUCAGGAUGAAUGUGAUUAAGUGGAAUAGUAAAUAUUUUUUAAUCACACGUAUCCAUUUAGAAAAUAUUUCACAGGACUUUGUUAAAAUGUCAUCAUGAGAGGGUAAAAAUAAGAGCAGAAUUGGUAUCAUGUUCUUACUGUUCUCUGCAACAUUUCCAUCUAAUUAUGUUGAAGUAUUUGCAUUCAUUGUCACUGCCAUAUUCUUUUACCAGUUCCACCGUUUAGCUGCCAUUGUUUCAUGUUAAGGCAUGGUUGUAACUGAACAUUUUAGUGUUUAUAGUACUGUAUGUUUAUCAUGUGGUCUGAUCCUGGAUGAGCACAGAACAACUGGAGAUGCUGAAUGAUGUUCUUCUGUGACAAAUCACUAACUUUUAGAAGUUAGUUAAAGCACCAAAGUGAAAUUAAGAUUUCUGAUAACUGCAAAAGCCAUUUCUUUAAGUAUGCUUCCAUUGUACAGAAAGGCAAGAUAGCAAAACAAUAAUACCCUGCCCUGAUAUGCAAGAGCCAGUCCCACCUCCGUCUCCCUCAGCCCUACCUUCCAACAAUGUUUGCAAUAGCCCUCUGGGGUGGCAAGGAUUCAAUGUGGUUCAUACUAGUGACGGAAUAAUGCAGCAAAUAGAUCACAGUGCCAUUCAGAAGAAGAAAACCUUAAUCAUGAAACAAUUUUAGAAAAAUAGCUUAAUCCUUACCCCGCAAUGCACUAGUGCUGCCACCCUACAAAUGUGUCAUUCUUGUUUGUUGCUGACAAUAUACAGUAAGGUUUUGAAAGAGAUUUUGAAAAAUUUUCUGAGCUCUAAUAGCCACUGACUAAAGUCCUUUUGGCAGUUUUAACUAUCUCAGCCUAAAAGUUUGUGCACUUGUCUGGAGGACAAGGCACCAUGGGUUAUGGGAACAACACAGCUCUGAAAAUGCAUUGCCCUAGUUCAUCUGACACCAGGUAAGGGUGAAGAGGGAAGUAUUAUGAGCAGCCGCACUCUCUUAAUACAGUUGCAUGCUGACUUAAAACAUAAAAUGCAGUGCAGAUCUCUAUCCCUUGUUAGGCUGUUAUUCUAAUUUACCCGUUUGUUUUGCAGUGUGGGCUUUUCUGUAGCAAGAACUUAUCACAGAUCAAAAGUGAGAUUUCUGACUUGUCUGGAUGCAUAGCAAACAUCCCUUUGGAUGUGCUGAUUGUUAAAGGGCCAUGGAUGAGGCCAUUCUCCAUGGCAAUCUGGUCAAAUCUCCAACUUUACCUCAGUCUUUGUGAUUACCUUCGUGUUUACAAACCCUUGAAUUAGAGCCCUGGUGCCUGCAUGUAUGUUUUAGAAAAGUUGCUUUGGGAAAUGAUAAUUAAAAGUGCCCGUUCACUCUUUUUCCACUUCAAAUUGCCCCCAGUGCAGCUUCCCCUCCUCACCCCAGGGGAUUUCAAAUAUGUGUUUGCUGAUGCCAGAUAUUCUGUUUGUAAAAAGGAGGUGGGAUCUAAGUUCUAAAUCUUGCAUUGGUGUGCACCUACAUCUAGGAUUUGUAGUAAGGAGUCCUUUCCCUCAUGCUUUUCAGUUUGCAGUACUACUUCUAAGGCUGCUUUCAUACUCUCCCAGGUUAAGCAGCCUGAGACUAGUAACUGGAUGCUAAUAUGUGACAUGCUGCUGAAUAGUUUUUAAUAAAGUUCCCAGACAGCAUUAGGAUGCCACUUCACUUAUGUAUGCUGAACUAGGUCUGUUUUGAUUUGGUCAGAAUGCCAUUCUGUCUUGAUUCUGCCUUGGGCCUAGACUUGCGUUAUAGGAAUCCUUUAAUAAUGCAGAACAGUUCAGUUUUAACCUGAGCUGACUGUAACCUCUGUGAAAGGAUUCUUAAAAUAACUUUCUUAAGAGCCACUUAAAUCACCUUUCGAAUUUUCCUCUUUUUCUUCCAUGACAUCCCACUAGAUAUUAAGUAUGUCUAGAUGGAACACCAUCAUGGAUGCCACUAGUCAUACUGCUGUCACCAUGGUAUAAAGAUAGAUCCCCAAAUUCAGAACACCUUAACAAGUGCUACCUUUUCCAACCCAUUUACUAGGAUGGGAAACGCAAAACGUCAAUGGGAAAGCCAGUUCUCAUAAUUUCUCUUACAAAAUUGGCAACCAGCAAUGACACCUUUUUAAGGUCUGCAACACAAUUCUUUUUGAAUUCUGAAAUACAAAAGAAAAUUGACCGUAUUGUUUAUUAAUGGCAUGCAAAUGUAUAAAUUGUAACUUUUGUUAACAAAAUUUAUGUAAACCAUAUAUAUGUGCCCUUUUCAUGACCUACCAUGAGUUUUCACAUGAAUGCUGAGAACAAAAAAUAUUCCUGACUAUAAAGUAUUGUGUUUUAGUUAAAAGUACUUCUGUUCAUAGGAAUAAGAAUGCAGGCACCCACAAGAUAAUUUGAAUUAAAUAUCCCUUCUAGGAAUUAGUCAAAUUUAAAGAUGGCUUUCCCAUUUUACAUACAUUAUCAACCAUAUUUAUCAGUUUUUAAAAUGUUAGGGACAAAACUGCAUACUUCUCAUCACUGGUAAAAACAGAUUUUAACUCUCCAAGCACAUAUGCACACUUUGAUCAGCAAGACUGCCAAUAAACACUCUCAUUUCACCACAUAUAUCUUUGUUGAACUCCUGAAUUAAUUUACAAUUAGGAUAUUCCCAGACCAGAGUCUGUGUGAAAAUUAGCAUACCACACUUUAUUAAACAAGAGGUUGGACUCUAGGUAUGUGGAAUCAAGAAUCUGGGUGUGUUCAUAUCAGUGCUAUCAAACAGCAGUACUUCACUCAAGCCGCAAUUCAGCAGUAAAAUAAUUGUAUAUUGUUUUGUUGCCAACUUAAUAGGGGUUAAACAACAGUGAAGCAUUUCCUGAUAUUAUAGGUGGAGAUGUGCCUUUUUCCUUUUUUGAAAAGAUGUCUUUAUGUAGGUGGACACAGACACAAAAAAUGCACUGAAACAAGCUAUGUGAUACAAAAUACAGUUUUCCAGGAAUUGUUUCCAUCAUCUGUAAACUAUGAUGCCUUUUCUGAUGCCUGCUGUGAAUACCUCCUGUUUCUCAAGUUUUAUGAGAUACGAACAUCCCAUUUUGAGUAUGCAGUACUAUCCACCAUAUUAAUUUGUAAAGUGGAAGAAAGAAACGGUACUGUCUUAUAUCUUAUUACCACAGCUUGUACAGCCUCAUUUAUCUAAAUGUCUGCAGGCUGGGUUAGAUUCUAAAUGUCUGAAUAAUCAAAAUUCAGAUGAACAGGAGGAUCACAAUGAUAUGAGAUUAAAUUGGAGCACACCAAUAGGUUUGGAUAAUCAGAUGUUUCAGAUCAUGGGGGUGGGGUCACUAUGUUAAGUACAAAAUCCACAAUCCCAUGUCAAAUCCAGUAUGGUGCUGAUAUGUGAUUGGAUUAGUAAACGUUACAGAACAGCAUUUGACUUUGCACUUGUAUAGUCUUAUGUUAAUUAAUCAGUAACGUUCAAUAAUACAGCACAUGUUACACUGAACAGCAGGCUCUGCUAGCCAGCAUAUAUAUAAAAGAAUAUGCAUUUGUUGGGCAAGGAAUCACAAUCUAUAGCUGCUGUAUGUUUCAGUUUCUUCUGUAUAGCUCCACUGUCAAUGUCUAUGAGCUGAUGUAUAAUUCUCUAAUGAGCCACUGUGAGCUAUGAUAGGUGCGUUAUGAUAGUGUGAAAGAACAUACUGGCAUGUUAUGCAAACAAUAAGAUAGUUAACUUUAAAGUAAUAUUUUAAAACUCAGUUGAGUUAGCUAUUUGUUUACAUAUGCUGGACAAUUAAGGAAGCCGUGUACAGUAUUUUAAAAAUAUUUUCAUAUAGUAAUUCAUUCUGUUGUUUCCAGUUUAAGUGAUGCUAUUCUAUAGUUGGGUAUACACUCGUCUUAGAUAUUGAAUUAUAUAACACAUUAUUCUUUCAAAAUAAUAGUGUGAUAAUGACUGAAAUAGUUCCUUCUACCUUAAAUUUCAGACUUAUUUUGUGCCGAUGAAAAUGCAUGUAUUGUUCCAUUAAUUUCUUUGGACUAUUAUGGAGUUUAACAUUUCAAUAUUGCCUGCCUGUAACAAUG